UUUCCCUGGAGUGCCUUGUUGGAGAUUUAUGUGCGCAGAUAGUACAGGGAUAUAGGAUGUACAUCUACAUAUAUAUAUAGAUCGCACAAACUGGCAGAUAUGUUACAAUCGUGGAGUCAGUCACCGGAGCUGCACUGAGAAUUGAAGCAAUGAGUCGUUUGUCCAAUGGUCGCCUUGGGAAAGAUCUUGGAGAGGUCACCCCAGAAGACUUUGCUAACGAUGGAAAGCCAUACCACAUGUGGUUCAGGAACUGUGAGUGUGAAACAACUGUACCUGUGGAUGGAAUUCUAUCAGGUACUAUACCUGAUUGGUUGAGUGGCAGGCUGACAAGGAACGGACCUGGACUGUACACGUAUGGUGAGACGAAGUACAAACACCUCUUUGAUGGCUUUGCAUAUUUGCAUCAGUUCAUUAUCAAGGGAGGACGUGUCACAUACCAGUCCAGGUUUCUGCAAAGCCACGACCACAAGAAGAACAGGCUGAGCAACCGCAUCGUUGUUACACAACUAGGAACAGUUGCCCACCCUGAUCCCUGCAAGACUCUUCUUCAGAGAUUCAUGAGCCUCUUCGAGAUAGAUUCCACGGAUAACUGCUCCGUUAAUGUCGUCCACAUGGGAGAUGAGCUUUAUGCCCUGACUGAGUCAGCUGUCAUGAGGAGGAUUGACCCGUCCACACUUGCCUGCAUUGGGGGAAAGACGAGAGUCAACGACAUUGUCACAGUGAACACCGUGACGGCUCACCCUCAUGUCGAACCCAACGGCACGGUCUACAACAUGGGGAGCUCCUUCACCAAUGGCAGUGGCCCUGCUUAUAACAUCAUCAAGUUUCCACCACCUCAAAUGCAGGAAGGAAGAAAAGUGUCGUCUGUGGAACAAGCGAGUAUCGUAGCCACAAUACCCUGCCAGUGGAAGCUUCAUCCAUCUUACUACCACUCGUUCGGGAUGACGGAACAUUACUUCGUCUUCGUGGAGAUGCCGCUGGUUGUCAGCAUAGGCAAGCUCAUCUACAAUCACGUCGCCAGAGAAACUAUCCUUGAAGCCUUCCAGUGGUACCCAGAAGAAAAGACCAUCUUCCGGGUCGUCGAUCGUAGCACAGGAAAGCUGGUCAGCACAAGGUAUACGACGGAGGCGUUCGUGAUCUUCCAUCACACGAACGCUUACGAAAAGGACGGUCAUCUAGUCAUCGAUCUCGCCGCGACUAGCGAUGGAGAGAUAAUAACGAAGGCGAUGUCUGAAAAUGGCCUUUCGAAGGACAGUCCCAUUUUGGGGACACACCGGAGAUUCAUUCUUCCACUCGAUGUUGAGAGCUCACCUGUGGACGUUAAUUUAGUGACCCUUCCAGGAAGCAAGUGCAGGGCCACUAAGAAGGCCAAUGGCGUCGUCGAGGUCGAAGGACACGAAAUCUCCACUCAGCCUUUCGAGCUGCAGAGGAUCAACUACAAAUACAACGCCAGAGAAUAUCGCUUCGCCUACGGGGUCGGGAUCAGCAAUGUAAACAAUACCCACGACAAGCUCGUUAAAAUGGAUGUAGAGACGGGUCAGGUGCGAAUAUGGUUUGAGAGGAACAAAUUCGUGAGCGAACCCAUCUUCGUGUCGGCCCCUGGAACAAAUGAGGAAGACGGAGGUGUCGUUCUUUCGUCACUCCUGGAUCAGACUGACCCCAAGCUAGUAUCAUUACUGGUUCUGGACGCUCAAUCGUGGACAGAGAUGGGACGUGUGGAUUUCAAAGCGAAGGGAACGGUCACGCCCACCUUCCAUGGGCAGUUUGCUGGUGACGGGGAGGAAGUGCACAUGUACUGACAUACACGUGUGCGUCGACAUCUUCUGUGUGUUUAUAUUAGCCUUCUCUUCAAUGUCUGAUGGCAUUUUCUCUUUAUUUAUUAUUAGGAGUUUAGUAAAUUUUGUGCUAACCUCUUCUGUAGGUUGUUUUAAGGGUAUAUAUAUGAUUGCAUAUAAACAUGCACACACAU